GAUUACUCUAUUAUUUUCUAAGUGGGCUUUUGGUCUCAUACCUUCUCUUAGGCCCAACUUUUUUAAUUUCUUGUGUUGACGAACAGAGCCCUCGGAAAGCUCCACUGACCGGUGAACUGCGGAUCUCCGGCGGUUUUUAGGUUUGCUGAGGUAGCGAUACAGAGAAAGCCUGCUGAUUGAUAAAAGUCAUCCAAUGGAAGCUAAAUUCUUCCGCUUUCUCAAGAUUGUUGGAGUUGGUUUCAAGGCUAGGGCAGAAUCAGAAGGUCGUCUCUUGUACCUUAAGCUGGGUUACAGCCAUGAGGUUGAACUGACCGUGCCUCCUGCAGUUCGUGUCUUCUGUUUCAAACCCAAUGUGGUUUGCUGCACUGGGAUUGACAAGUAUAGGGUACACCAAUUUGCUGCCUCUGUAAGGAGCUGUAAACCUCCUGAAGUUUACAAGGGCAAAGGUAUUAUGUACAUUGAUGAAGUGAUAAAAAAGAAGCAGGGAAAGAAAUCAAAAUGAGAACCCAUUAAUCAUGGUUCUUUCUUGGGCUUGGUACUUUUUAUGAUGCUAGACAAUUUUCCUUUAAUUAUCUUUCCUAUUUGUAAUUUCCUAAUGUAAUUUUGUUUUCUGACUGCUUUGGUAUUUUUAAAAGUUAGAGGAGUUGAAGAUCUUUUACCUUGGUCACGGAAGUUGCUAAACAUCUCAAUGACAGUUUUUGUAUCAACUUUUUUCAUCCUUUCAAAUGCUACAAAUAAGUGAUGGACGGUGUUGAUGAAUUUGUGGUCUUUA